AUCAACAAACAAACAUUUGUUGUUGUUGUUGUACUCAUUUUGAAGUAAAUAGUAAUAAUUAUUUAUCUAUAUAAUUAUUAAUAAUUAGAUUGUUAAAAUGGAGCUUAAAUUAAAUUUAAUUGCAGCAGCAUGUGAAAAUGGAGGUAUUGGAAUUAACGGUCGUUUGCCAUGGUCUCUAAAAAGUGAAAUGAAUUUUUUUACAAAUAUGACAACAAAAACAAAAAAUAUUAAUAAAAAAAAUGUUGUACUUAUGGGCAGAAGAACAUGGGAAUGUAUACCAAAAAAAUAUCGUCCACUUGAAAAUAGAAUAAAUAUUGUUCUAAGCAGUCAAUCAUUAAAACUUGGAGAUGAGGCAUUUGUUUGUAAAAGUAUUCCAUCAGCUCUUGAAUUUAUUUCAAAAUCAGAUUUAAAAGAUCAAGUUGAAAAUGUCUGGGUCAUUGGUGGCAGUAAUGUUUACAAGGCUGCAAUGGAAUCACCUAACUUUUAUCGUCUUUAUCUGACUGAAGUUAAAAAACACUUUGAUUGUGAUACAUAUUUUCCAAAAAUACCUGAUGACUUUGUUGCAGUUGAAGAUUUAAAUGUACCACAAGGUAUUCAAGAAGAGAAAGGAAUCAAUUUUGAAUACAAAAUUUAUGAAAAGAAAAAUUGACAAUUGAUAAACAACAUGUUAAAUAAAAAUAAAGACAAAUUAUACUUUUAAUUGUUUC